AUGGCGCCGCACCCUGAGCGACCAUCUUCGUGGGAGGACGUGGAAGCAGGACAGAGGAACCUCGUUACUGCCACGGUGGAGGGAGAACGAGCUGACGUGGCAGGCGACGCAGAUGACGUGGUCAACCAAAAGGCACUCUCAGCCGAGCAGGCCAUCUUCCUGCGCUUAUCAGAAAUCGAAGAGGAUGAGAGGCGCAAGGUGCGGAAGAGACGUGCGCUGCUAGCAGGGGGGGCUGCGCUCAUCCUCCUCGCUCUCCUCAUAGCAGCAGCGGUCGCUAUUGGCGUGACAGCUAGCAAGAAAAAGUGUCAAGAAUCCGCGGACCAAUCCAGCAACGCCACGCCAGCAGACGCGAUGCUGACUCAGCAGCAGCAGGAGCAGCAGGGGGAGUUGGUAGGGACGGUGCAGAUUGGGGGAAGGUGGGGGGAUGUGAGCACUGUUGUUGCUAAGCUUGACAUUCAACCCAACACCAACGGCGUUAUCUCGGCAAACGGAGGAGGCGCCACCUCAUCAUGGGAUGCUGCCACGUGGCAGCCGUCUGGGGGUGCCGUGGAGGACACGUCAGCAGUGCAGCAGCUGGCGAAUCCGGAGCUGACACCUGUCGAUGGACGAGUGUUUGGCAUGGGAGUGGGGAGCGGGGCAACCACCGAUCCGUAUGACUACUUUGCAGACUCACCACCACCACCAUCAACACCAGCAGCAUCGCCACCACCCCCACCAUCACCAGCAGCACCAGCAUCGCCACCACCGUCACCACCAGCAGCAACCCAGGCGCCACCAGAAGCCCCAGGCGCAAAUUCGGGCUCCUCGGGACCUACGGAUAUCCUAAGCCGGAUUGCGGCGCUUAUCAAGCCUCCCGAUCUGUCAGUGCAAGGGGUGGACUUCCAAAACGGCCACCUGUCGGUAUCAGGCCCGGAUUCCUGGAGUUUCAGCCUCGAGCCGUUCAAGGAGGUCAGCCUGGAUCUGACGGCGCUGAUCAACGUCGCGGCGGUGGUGUCGAAUCCGAACCCCAUCGAAAUCAUCGCGCAGGAGGUCAACAUGGACGUCAGCUUCUACAGCGUCGACGUCGGCUACGCUAACAUUCCAGACUUCACACUCCCUGCCAACAGCAGCGCCACCAUCACUGUCCCCUUCAACAUAGAUAACUUCCCACUGCUCUCCUUCUCGGACCAGAGCCUUAUCACGGGCUCCAUUGCGAAUGGCGAGCUCGAGUUUCAGGUUGUGAUUAAUUUGAAGGCCAGGACUCGGAUCCUUCAGAGCCUCACACCAGCUUUCAAUGUUCAAUUGGUGUGUAACGCGGUGGUUAACCCUACACAAAAUAAUGUGCUUUCCAAGUCAUGCAGCACGAAUAUUGCCACAUGA